GAGUGCAGUAUAAACUGCAUAUUUUCCUAACCAAUAAUUUCGUUUAACGUGUUAAGUAUUUAAUAAAUAAAUCAUUGUUAAAAUAUAACACAUUAUGUCACUGCUCAUAAAAGUAUUAGGUUUAACCAGAACAACAUUGCAAUCUACAUUAAUCAAAAGAGAUAUACCUGUAAGAUUGAUUUCUUCUUCACACACUUGCUAUCAAGAGGAAAGUAAUACAAUUGAAAAUAGUAAUGAAAUAGAGAAUACCGAUGAGAUAAUAGUAGAUCCUGCUAAAGACCGAAGACAAGUUAUUCCCGUUGAAACUAGUAUAGAGUAUAUGUUAAGCAGUGCUUAUAAACAAACUUACGGGGAUGAUCCUGUAUGGACAAAAUAUCGAAGAAAUCAUAAAGGACAAUUUCCUUCAAGAAAAACAAGAAAAACCUGUGUAAGAGGUGGUAUCAUAAGUACUGGUAAUCCUUGUCCAAUAUGCAGAGAUGAAUAUUUGAUCUUGGAUCAUAGGAAUGUUAAAUUGUUAGAACAAUUCAUUUCUAAACAUACAGGCGAAAUAUUAAGUUAUCGAAAAACUGGCAUUUGUCAAAGAAGAUAUAAACAACUUCUUGUAGCUGUACUUAGAGCAAAAGAAUACGGUACUUUAUUGCUCGACGUCCCUCUUAGAGAAUACGACUAUUCUGAAUGGUAUAACGAAAAAACACAACAACAUUAAAUAUAAAAAUGUCUGAU